AUGAAUAAAUCUCAAAAAGCAUUAUUAAUUAACAAUCUUAAAGAAUGUCUGUCUUAUUUAUCACCUAACGUUGAACAACAGGUCUCUAAAGAUGAAAAUAGGCAUAUAGCUAAACUUUUAACUUCAAUUAUAAGUGGUAUAAACCUAGUUAAAGAAUUACUUACUCAACAUAAGGAAGCUGUAUGCUGGAAGAAAGAAUAUGACACUAUUUUACAGUUGAUUAAUGAGGAAACGCGUAGAGGACGCUUUUUUACUAAAACCCAAUUUUGCCAUUUUUUUGAAGACAGAUUUGGUCUUAAGGGUCAUCAUUCUAUUCGUAAACAUAUUAAUGCUUUAGCUACUGAAGGUUAUAUAACAUUCCAUGAAAAAGAAGCACCAGGAAAUAACAGGCGCAUUAAAGUAAUGGAGGCCGCUUAA